AUGAUAGCUUCGUCAAGCGUUGGUGGUGCUGGCUUCGGUGAUGUGACUAAGCAGCUUCCAGAUUUGGUGCCGCACUCGGAGUUUGCACUUACUCCGGCCUUGGCGACUGCAACUGCUAGCUUUAUGGCUUUCACGUCACAGAACAACGCCGUCUGUGUUCAUUCCAUGGCUGCCGAUCCCAAUCUCGCCGAGCUCACUGCAGCUAUCCAUGGAAGCGCGCUGCAGAAUUCGGAACUCGCUCAUCUGGCCGUGGGCAACGCUUCACUAAAUCACAUGCAGCAACACCACAAGGCCUCCCAUCUGAUGAACGCUACUGGUGCCCGCGCUGCUCCUCCGAACAAUAACGGUGGCACUGUCCUCAUCAAUUCCAAUCUGAUGAGAAGAUGGUGUAUCCGGACGCCCACUUCACACUUUUUCUCUUGCUUUCCCUUUUAUGCUUUUGUUGAGAUGUUGCUCGGGUGA